AUGAAGCUGCAAAGCAGUUACGGCCUGGCUUCUGUAUUGUGGGAGACUUAUCGGAGCGGCAGGUCUCGGUUUUUGCUGAUUGCUGGAGUCCUAUUGUGGGAUCCUGGAGGAGGCCGUUCAUGUUUGACUAUGGAAGCAUCUCCAGCCCAUGACUAUGAUUUCUCCCCUCUCAAACUAUUUGACGCCUGCACAUUAUCUUAUAUUCCUGCAAAGAGUUUAUUUACUUAUCUGAAUUUACUCAUUUUGUAUUUCCUUCUCACAGUUGCCUUUGCUAGUGCCUCUCCUCACAGUCGGGCACUCUGGCAGUUCAACAAUUUGAUCAAAUGCACCAUUCCCACCAGUGAACCCCUCCGAGAUUAUAACAACUAUGGAUGCUAUUGUGGAUUGGGUGGCAGCGGAACCCCUAAGGAUGCUCUGGACAGAUGUUGUCAGGUGCAUGAUAACUGCUACUCACAAGCCUUGAAACACUCCAGCUGUAACAGCCUUCUUGAUAACCCAUAUACCAAUGAAUAUCAAUACACUUGCUCCGGAACCUCAAUCACAUGCACAUCUUACAGCAACGCAUGUGACCAGUUCAUCUGCCAAUGUGACCGAUCUGCCGCCAUAUGCUUCGCCGGGGCUGGGUAUAACCAGGCCUACAAAAAUCUUGACAAAAGUAAAUACUGCUAAUUUGUCAGUACUGAUGACCUUAGAGCUCCAUAUACUUUUUCUAUGUUUAAUAACAUGUAUUAUGAAUACCAGAACUGAAUAAACUUUGAUAACAGCUCCA